AUGUCUGGAGAGCAAGCCGCGCGUGUCGCGGCGUAUGCCAAUGCCGACGCGACGAAUAACAGCAUCUCUCCUACGCAGGAUGUGCUACAGUCGUAUUUGAAUGAUGCCGCUGUGGCGCAUGAGAGCAAUGCACCGGCGCCUGCGCUUCCCGAGACGUGGAACAUGUCGUUCCAGACGAUAGGCAGGAGCGCGACGGUGCUUGGCAAGCACCGCGAUACGACUGAGUUUGACGAUGCGCCGCGCCCCCGCCGCAUGCCUUCUGCUGGCGUUCUGAGCGACGUGUCGCCGCGCCCAUUGUACCACGGCGUGAGUAUCCAAGCGUGGAAUGCGUCCACGGAUGCGGCAGACGUGCGGACCGAGCCGUUCGACUCUCUCUCACCCAUAUCCUCGCACAUCGGCAGCGUGGCGAAUACGCCAAAUAUCGCGGCCGGUGCGCUGGAGCGCAUGGGGCGCCCUUUUUCUGCGUUUGCGUCGCCCAACAGCAGCGCGACGAUGCAGUCGGCGCAAGAUGCGCGAGAAUACUUUACGCAGACCAGCGGCUCAGAGGCUGGCUCGCCGCCCAUCGCUGCUGGCGCGUCGACAUUCAAGCCGCGCAGCGGCGCGUUCGUCGAAGAGUUUUCCAGCAGCAGCGGCUCAACGCGCGAAACACACCGCGUAAAGCACUACGACGGAUUUGUCCUUCCCGCGAUGCACAUGGACGAGUUUAUGCGCCAUUCACCGAUCCCUUCGCGCUCCUCGCACAGCCGGCAGUCGGACUCGUUCAAGAGUGCGCGCCGCGAGUCGCCGUUUGCCCAAGGCACGAUGCCGACGCAGCGCGCGAGCGAAUUCCGCGUCGCCCCCCAAAAGUUUGCCGACCCCAUCGAGCCGCGCUUUGAGGAGCUGCAGGAGGAGAUGGAGACGAUCGACGAAGCGCCCACUCCACCGCGCGUGCCCGCAGCUUCGAUGGCGCGCGCCGACACCCACGACGGCACGCAGGCGUCGGCGAUGGCGUCUGUGCUUGACGAGUACGCCAACCAAAGCCCACCGGCGGAGCGCGACGCCAGUCCUGCGCCGCCGCUCGCCACCUGGACCUUUGCUGCAGAGCCCGGCGUUGAUUCGCCGAAUUUGCACGACCGCAUGGCCUACCUGCGCAACCUCGGCUUCCAAGUCGAGCGCACAGAGUGGGAGACGAGCGCUGAUAUGAAUCCGCCCAUGCCGCAGCCUGCCGGGGAGCCAGCCACACUGCUCAGCGUCGAGGCGCUCAACAUCCAAAAGCCGCAGACUGCCGAGGUCGGCAGCAGCUGGAGCGACGCCGAAUCGCCGGCGCGCUUAGCGCAGGGGAACCGGAACGUCAGCGGCGUCUCUUUUCUCUAUUCGCCACACACAGCAGCGGCGAUGGGCAGCGGCGGCGUGCCGCCGCCUUUGAUGCGCCCCCAAGAGUCGCUCGAGCAGGUAUUGACGCCCGCGCUCCCGCAGCACCACACGUCAGACUGGGCGACGACCGGCGAUAUAAGCGCGCAGUCCGUUGUUCAAGGCCCACUGGAGGCGCCCAAAGGCGUCUUGUCUAUGCUUGCCUCGCCCGUUCACACCACGCACCAGACGAAACGCAUGUCUGGCCUCCAGGCCCCCAUGGCGCAGCUGUUUGGCGACGCACCGCUUGCCACGCCAGCGCCAGCGCCGCGGCCGCCCUCCGUGCUUGACCAGGCGAGCGCGCCCUUAACAGCGCCUCCUGUCGAGGCACCCCCUUCCACCUUUGUCGGCCUCCAGCCAGCCGUGUCUUUUGCGGAUACAUCGCUGAGUAUGCUGGGCCAAGCCGUUGACGACAGGAGCGCCUCGAAGCUCGGGGCGUAUUUUGACUUGUCCCUGCAGCGCGUCCAAACGGAUUGGGAUUCGGGCAUCCAAGUGCAUCCCCACACCACACCCGGAUCCCAGGCGCCCGUUGUUGCAGGGAGAAAUUCUGCGCCUCCAGUGGAUCCUGGCGAUCUUUUCCGGAACAGUGUGCUGCCACGCAUGGCACAAGCGAUUAAAUCUCCCGUCGAAUCGAUGCAGGAGUUUACCUAUAUUUUGGACGACCGUGCCGAGCUACGGACGCCUGCGCUGGGCAUGCACGAGAGACAGGCGGACCUUUCCACCGCGCCUUUUCUUCCUCCCCUCGACCCCCUCAUUCCCGACGAGCGCGAGGUGUUGGGCGUGCCGCCGGUGCCAGAGGCAGCUACGCAAGGCGCGUGGUCGUACCAGGAUCGUGUCGUGGGCCUCUUUACCGAAUUUGCUAUGGAGCAGCCCAGUACCGCACUCCCGAUCGAUUUUGUCACCAAGCCCAACUCGGUCCUCUCUCGCGGCCGUCCGGUGAAGAAGACAGACAAGGCGUCGCAGCCCGUCUUUUACGCGAGCCUUGCAGAGACACGCCACCGCCGUGCAGAGCCCAUGUAUGCAUACACGCCCCAGGUCACGAAACCCCCGUUCCAGAUGUGGAACUUUGAGGAGGACGACAAGGACAUGGAGGAGGUGCACAAGCCAACGCGCAAACCGCCUGUGACGAAAACGGAGCCCUCGCCGCAGUUUGCCGCGCAUGGCGCGGCAGGCGCGCCUCCCGAACCGCAGGCGAAGCGCACGUUUGCCUCGCGAAAGAUGCAUACCAAGUACCAUGCCGACGAGCCCGGCACGAUCCCCGCCAAGCGUGGCCCAUGGUUCUGGCGGCGCGGCAAUGCUGCUGGAAAAGAGGUGCACUCCGAGGCGCGCACGAGCGAGUCUACGUGGUACGACGCUACCGAGGACCGGCAAUUGCGCGGCACGCCCAGCCCACGCAAGUCCAGCUCCACGACCCACACAAGAAAGCAUGCGCGGCGCACCGCCCCUCCCAAUUUCGAGCCGUCGCAGCCCGGAAAGUACUACUUGGCCAACACCGUGUCUCUUCCCACGCUCAACAUUGCACGCACGCCAGAACAGCGCGCGCGGAACGAGACGGGCAUUCCCGAGACGGAGCCCGCUUUGAUCCAGUCACUCCUUGCUGCACCGUCGAGCUCGACGGUGCGUGCGCGUGCAGGCAUCAUCAAGACAAUUCCCUAUGCAGAAGACGCUGUUCCCCCUGUAGGCCAAGUGCUGGUUGCAGAAGAGCGCAAGAUUCUGAUGCGCCCCGCGAUGUAG